AUGAAUUCGCAAACACAAUGGAAAGAUCAAGCCAGUAGCCAGUCACCACAAAAUCUGAAUGAACCAGCUUAUACUCUACCAGGAGUAAUCAAUUACCUCACGUCAGAAUUUACAAACCUAGAGAGGUUCAAGAUCAUGACCAAUUUGGAAAAGUCAGAGAUGAAGUACAAAAUUUUGCACUUGGAAGGUGAGAUUAAAACUUUGAAAUAUGCCAAUCAAAAACAACAAGCGAGGAUUGAAAGCUUGGAGAAGGAAAAUAGACUAUUAAAAAGCAAGAACAGGGACAAUCUGGCAAGAGGAGAGCCCCUUGCUACAAACACCCCAUCAGAGCCAGAUUUGGAAUCGAUCAAGAAGUCUAGACAGCAAUUGAAAGACUCUAUGAAGGAGAUUAUAUCGUUGCUAAGGUCGCCAUCAACUAGAUUGGGCGAAUUGAACAUAUCCGAAGCAAAUCAGCGUGAAAUUGAAGAAAUGAUUGAUAAUAGUGAAGACGAUUUCGUGUUUGGGCGUGGCCCCAAUUCACCAAAAUCUAAUCUUAUAUCCCAAUUUUUCAAUGAUGAUGAUGAUGAUGAUGAUGAUGGAAAUAACAAUAAAGCUGAAAAAGCAGGUGAUUGUAUGGAGGAGGUAUUGGAGCGUUCCAUCACUAAUGAGAGUGAUGUCACAGUUAUAGAUGGUGGGGAUAUACAACAGGUACAACCUGAAAUAGAGGCAAAGCACGAGAAUGCUUCAACCAGAUCAUUUGAAAACGAUGGAGUCAAUAUCGUGCUUACCACUCUUGACGAUAAGACGACUAUCACAACAUCAAUGGAUGGGAAUACAUCCACCAAGGACGUGACCAUAAGCCAACCCAAAGAUGUUCAAAACAUUUUCGCAUUGCCUCACGACACCCAUAUCAUUGUUGAGAAAGAUAUAAUCGUGCUACCUGCUGGAGGAGGUCAAGGAAACGUUUUGAUCCCAGCAAAGAGCAGUUUUUCACAAAUAAAUGCUAGUGCUAUAAUAGACAUGACUGCAUCCGGGGAUGAAGGGAGGGUGCUUGGCUUAGCCAUUGGUGGAUUUUCCAACGGAACAAAAUCAUUCUUGUCAAAAGCAUACCAAAUUACCAUUGAUAAACAACUUCAAUGCAAGGAAAUUGGCAGUUUCAAUAGAAAAUUUCUUACCAAAAAUAAAGGAGGGUCAGAUAUCACAUUUGUUGGCUGGAACCGUGAUGCAUCAAAGUCUCCACCACCAUCUUCACCAAAGAAAUCUACAAAAUCUGCAUCAUCUUCACUCAGCAAAAAUCGAAACAAGAAUGACAGCGUUCCACGCUUGGGAAGUUACGAUGUGAUAUACCAAAUUGGAGAUCAAAAGUGUAAAGUGAAUUUAUUACUGAAGCAAGUUUCAAGUGUAUAA